AAAGGCGGAAGUAGCCGCUGUGUCGGUGACACGUCACUGAGUCAGACGGGAGGAAAGAUGGCGGCACCUAUUCGAGUUUCAACCUGCGCACCACCCAGGAGAAGUUCUACAUCGAGGCGUGUGAUGAGGGCUCUGAGGAGGUGCUGGCUGUGGACAGAGUGUCCACAGAGAUGACCCUCACAGUGAAGAGGGACGUCCCUGCAGGGGCUGACAGCCGGCCCAUAUGUGGCCUCAUGGGGACCAUACGUUUGGUGGCAGGCAAUUAUCUGGUUGUCAUCACCAAGAAGAAGAAGGUGGGAGAUCUCCUGGGCCAUGCUGUGUGGAAGGCUGUGGACUUUGACAUCAUCUCCUAUAAAAAGACAAUACUUCACCUGACAGACAACCAGAUGCAAGACAACAAGACUUUCAUGUCCAUGAUCAACAAUGUGCUGCACACAGACGGCUUCUACUUUGCCACGGACUACGACCUGACACACACUCUGCAGCGCCUGGCAAACACCAGCCCCGAGUUCCAGGAGAUGAGUCUUCUGGAGAGGGCAGAUCAGCGUUUUGUCUGGAACGGACAUCUGUUGAGAGAAUUCCUUGCACAGCCAGAGGUACACAAGUUUGUGUUUCCUGUUAUCCAUGGCUUCAUCGACAUGCGGUCGAGCUGCAUCAAUGGGAAGGUGUUCGAGUGGAGCAUCAUCUCCAGGAGGAGCUGCUUCAGAGCCGGAGUCCGCUACUACGUCCGAGGCAUCGACUCUGAAGGCCAUCCUGCUAACUACGUGGAGACGGAGCAGAUCGUUCAGUUCAACAGCUCCAAGGCUUCUUUUGUUCAGACCAGAGGCUCCAUCCCCUUCUUCUGGUCCCAGAGACCCAACCUCAAGUACAAGCCCAAACCACAGAUCAGCAAAACAGUGAACCACUUGGACGGGUUCCAGAGACACUUUGACUCGCAGGUUAUUCUCUAUGGAAAACAAGUCAUUUUGAACUUGAUCAACCAAAAGGGCUCAGAGAAGCCGCUGGAGCUGGCCUUCAACAAGAUGGUGGCCGACCUGGGAAACGGCAUGGUCAAGUACAUCGCCUUUGACUUCCAUAAGGAGUGCAGUCGGAUGAGGUGGCACCGCCUGCAGAUCCUGUUGGAUAUGGUCGCUGAGAUGCAGGAUGAACUUGGAUACUUCCUGGUGGACGCAGAUGGGAAGGUGCUGCUGCAUCAGGACGGCACGUUUCGCAGCAACUGCAUGGACUGCCUGGACCGGACCAACGUCAUCCAGAGCAUGCUGGCCCAGCGCGCCCUGCAGUCACAGCUCCGGAAAAUGGGAGUCCUCCACGUCGGUCAGCAGAUCGAAGAGCAGGUGGCCUUUGGGAAGAUGUUCAAGAAUGCCUGGGCAGACAACGCUGAUGCCUGUGCCAAGCAGUACGCUGGCACUGGAGCCCUGAAGACUGACUUCACCAGGACAGGGAAGAGGACUCAUUGGGGGCUGGUGAUGGACGGCUGGAACUCCAUGAUCCGAUAUUACAAGAACAACUUCUCUGAUGGAUAUAGACAGGACUCCAUUGAUCUGUUCCUGGGCAACUAUGCUGUGGAUGAAUCUGAUUGGACCACUCCGCUGCGUGAGCCCAAAGACUGGAAGUUCUUGACGUUGCCUAUCGUCAUGGUGGUAGCUUUCUCCAUGUGCAUCAUCUCCCUGCUGAUGGCUGGUGAAACGUGGACGGAGACCCUGGCCUACGUGCUGUUCUGGGGGUCUGCCAGCGUGGUGACCAGCGGCCUCAUCCUCUUUAACGGACCCGACUUUGUAGAUGCUCCAAGGCUGGUCCAGAAGGAGAAGCUGGACUGAAUGUGUGUGUGUGGAAAGCAGCUCGGCCCCAGGGAGCUCACCACCUCCCCCCCCGGCUCUUCAGCAUCACUUUACCCCCAGCAUGAGCGAGGCUGGAGCCUGUACUGACGGGGGGGAGUGGGGGAGAGUGCCGGGACUCAGGGCCAUCCUCGUGCACGACUAAGUGGAGGGACAGAGACUGAGUGCACGAGCCGCUGCUGUCCACACUGCAGCUGCUGUCACGUGGACAGGACUGUCUGUCCACCCUUUUACUGGACACUGGACCUCGGGACGUUUGAUUGUCCCUCAUUUCAGAGAAACCUUUGCAUUUAAAUAGCUUCACUGGGAUCAGAUUCAUACGGAAAAUAAUUAGGGCCACGUGAAAGUCUUUUUAGAUCUGACAAAAAGUGAUUGUUUUUUCUUUAGUUAUAAGAUUAAAGUCAUAAAUCUGACUUGUUUUCUGAAAAUCUCACACAUUUUAAGAAAAAGUCAAAAUUCUCAGUAUUUAAAAAAAUCUUAGAAUUAUGACUCAUAUUUCAAAAGGAAAAAAAGUCAUAUUUUUUUUAUUACUUUCUGAAAAUGUUAAAAUUCUGAGAAAAGUCUGGCAUUUCUUUGCAGAAUUUUGACUUUCUUUGUUGAAUUUUGACUUUUUUUCUCAGUACUAAAAGAAAAUCACUUUUGGUCAGAUUUCUAAACAAAAUCCACAUGUGGCCCUAAUCCUCCUCCGUAGAUCACAUGACACUGUGCUGUAAUGAAUUACUGUAUGUGCCGUGAAUUAGCCUUUUCUUUUUGCCCUUGCCAAUUGUGUUUAUCUGUGUGCAGCAGCCUCGUCCCUGUUGGAAGGCAUCGACACCAUCACAUGAGCCCUUAGGCCCCUAACAUUUUGCAGCAGUGUGUCCUCACCUCCAAAUGCCUGUUAGACUCUCUGAAUGGUGCCAAUGAGCAGAUUCCUUCAAAUUGUCGGGAAACAUAUAUUUAACACGUAUCUGUAAUUAUCAUCAGCCAGUGGUAGUUAUUUAUACACAAAGUUAUCAUAUGAGGCCACUGCAGAAUGUAAGUAGGAAGGCAAGAUACAGCCCACAUCUGUUCCUGUUAGCUGUUAGCAUUUCCUCAAUCAUCAUGAGUUUGUUACAGCUGUCUGUCAAUUUAUACCGGAAAGUUAUUGGUGGACAGAAAUGAGUAUUUUGUGCACCUUGUUUAUUUAAUUAUCGCCCUUAAAUUAGUCAUUUGUGAGCAGGAGUAAACAGAACAAGUUAUUAAACACUAUUAUUAAGAUAUUAACAUUCAAAGAUGCAAUAUUGUUAAAUACUGAAUCUGAGAUAUCAGCAGUAGGAGGUGAAGUUUGUUAAGUUCCAAAGUACAGUGGCUGACGGGUGCAAACGAGCUACAACGGCCUAAAACAUUUGCAUUCAGAGAAACAUGCAGCUUAGAAAACAUUCACAAACUUCAAGGAAAAUGUGCAACGUUUAGCUUCAAUAAACAAAACGCUGCAAAUACAAAACUAUUGCAGAUCUGCAGUAAGCUAGCUAGCUAACCUAGUCAUUUCAGAAAUACUGACAAAACGCGUACAGUUAUGAAACAGACAAAAUGUGUAUAAUCCCUGAACGUCAACAAGGGUCCCAGCUGUGUGCAUCAUUUCUUAGUCUCACCGUUUCAGUUGUGUUUUGAGCUUCUUGCAGCGUUUUGUAUUUGCAGUGUUUCAUUUAUGCAGCACUUUUAGUAAAUGUGCAUCUGUUGUCAAGUUUGGGAAGAUGUUUCUUUUCAUUUGCAUGUGUUUUGGCACGUUUGUGUUUUCAUAUUUGCAUUGUUCUUUAUGGAAAUGUUUGGGCUGUUGUAUUGCCUUUGCACCUGUCGGCCACCGUACCACAGUGUACUUUGUUAUUUCUUAUCAUUUUGGUUGUCACAUCCAUCACACUGUAUAUUGGAUUAGCUCAGCUUCUGCUGCUAUCAGUUGGCUGCACAGUCUGACUGCUAAGACUUGGGAGAUGCAUUAGUUUAGUUCAGAGGUCUGCUCUCUAACCACGUUUAGUUAUCUCUGGCAUUCCUAAAAUAUACUUUAACAAUAUUGUUUUAAGCUCUGUGAAGUCAUGAUGGAGUUAUGCCGCUGCUGAGAAUCACAAAUGCAUUACUAUCUGUGUCUUUGCUUAUUUAUCAUAAGGGAACCACAUGACCUGUAUGAGUAGUUCAGGACAACUUGUGGCAUUUACUUGUUCUUAAAUUCCUCUCUUAGGUACCAAUGUUGAUGAGUGGUCGAGUCAUGGCAGCCCAUUUUAUUUGAGAAAAUGUAAUGCCUUAAUAUGAAUGAAUUUGGAGUGUUAUUAUGAUGUUGACUCGAAUAAAAUAUUUAGCUAAGACGACCCUAAUGAAAAGUUAAUAUUCUCUUCACCAUGGUAUCCAAUCCGUGGCAUACGAUCUAAAUCUCCAGGCUGCAGCUGUACACGAAUAAACAGGGCAGAGGGUUACUGGGAUCCUAGUUUUUCUCCAUGCUUGUGAAACACACACUAAAUAAGGACUUCCACCAAGGUGAUUUUAUUUCAUUGCAACACAGAAAAAGGAAACAUUUGAGUUUCUUUGUCUCUGUUAUCCUCAGCAUCUGUUUGACAAUAAAGAACCUUGAACCUUGA